AUGCCGCAUCACUGCUACGCGGGGGCCAUCCAACGCCUGGUCAAUCGCAGCCUGGUGCUGCUUUUGCUGCCGGUGGUGCUCGACGACGCCCAGGAUGACGGGACGGUGAAGGGGCCGACGUUCGAUUCCGAUUCCUCCGGUCUUCGGAAUAGCCCUGGAGGGACUACGACACUUCCUCCGACGUCCAUGGCCGUUCGGGCGCAGUUGAUGUUUAAUCCGCUGCUGGGGGUCGGGCUCGCGAUUCAUUGCGGGUUCAUCCCGCUCGAGUGGGCCCUCCAUUUGAUCACGCUUCGUCCAUCUUUCGACUCGACCGCUUCUGAGCAGGCUGUGGCCGGAAAGGAUGGCGUGCAGGAUGUCAACCGAGUCGUCACUACGCAGCUGCUGAAGUUGUGUGAGGACAUAAAAGGCUGGUUUGCCACCCUUGAUGCCUUGUAG